CCCUACCAAAUCCUUGUACUGCAGUGCUGUCAAAGGAGCACAUGCCACCUGUUUGUGUUUUCUCUCUUUCUCCAUUCUGUACUAGUGAUGUAAUAUUCAUUUGUGGGGGUCUGUCUUGCCUGGUAAAUGUCUGCGCACUGUUUACUACAUAUAGGUGCGUUGUUGCUUUCUGUGUAAAGAGUUUGCCUUACUUUAGAAAUGUGCAGGAAGUAGUCUCUCUCCCCCCCAACCUGUCUCUUCACAGACCCAUGUUAAAUCUGGUUGGGGUUCCGCAUGACCGAGUUCCAGACCACUGGCAGUCUAUCUUGGUGCUGAUUAUAGUUAACCUGAUCUAGCAUAUCGAUGCAGAUAUUGUGGAGUGACUGAGCAGCUUACACACACUCAACUGGGCACUAAAUAUUCUCAGUGCCCUACAUUAACUGUCAUCCUGUUACUGUCUGCUUUUAAGUUUGCAGGUCUUCGUGUGGCCCAGAUAUACUGAUGGUGGUUUUACCAUUUCAGGUUGAAUUGGUAUUUUCAAUUUUAGUUUUUGCUUGUCGUGCUUUCUCCCUACUGUCACCCAAAUGUGUGGUGCUGCCUGCAGUGACCCUGAUGUCCCAAGUUCAUUUUAAGAUGUGCAGUUAAUGGACUGUAGAGGGUAUUCAAGGACUUUCUUGAGGUCUAAUAGGACGUUUGCUUGGUACUAGUACAUGUGCCCUUUUUUCCCCAUAAGUAGGGGACCUCUUCCAGGGCUUGGCCUGUCUGAUUUUAAGGAUCCAGUUGGCAUCUGCUUUUCAUGUUCCAGUUUUCAGGAAUUCAUUUUGAAGAGUGGGCCAAGGCAGACUGCUCUUCCGUUGCAAUGCACACCUGCUUUUCUGCCAGGUGUUGCAGCCAUCCAGACUGGGGAUCUGCACUUUGUAGGUUGUAUCGAUGAUGCAUGGUAAUGGAAUGCAAAGCCCGUACUGUGUGCAGUAAAACCAUUAUCCCUUAAUUCUCUGGUGUAAAUGUUACAGUUCUUGGUUUAUAAUAUGCACUGAGUUGUGUGAUGCCUUGUGUGUGUCUGCAUUUUCUGGGCUUUCUUUUUCCUUUCAACUCUUAAUUUUAAUCAUAUGAGGUCAAUCAGUAAGCUGCAGAAGAGUUUUUCUGUUUUUGUAUGUAGUGCAAAUACAUCUAGUCUUAAUCUUGUCAAUGCUUUUGGGGAGGGGGGUUGAUAACGGCUAGGUCGUCAUAAAACCUUAUCCCUCUCUCUGAUCUCCCAAACUCCCCUGUCUGAUCUAACUUUCCUGAACAUGAUUCUAGCCAUCUUUUCAAUGAUAAGAGUUAAAUGCGAGUGCCUUGGAUGAGACUGAGAAGACCUCUGGGAUGGGCAUCCUGUCUACAUUACCCCCUUGCCAUGGUUUUUAUUGUUGGCUUAGAAAAAUGCAAGAAGUUUCUUCAAGAGUUUUAUAAGGAUGAUUUAGGAAAGAAACACUUCAAAUAUGGAAGUCAACUGGUGCACAUUGCCCACAGAGAGAAGGUGGCACUUCACAUUGAUCUGGAUGAUGUGGCUGAAGAGGAUCCUGAGCUUGUGGACUCUAUUUGUGAAAAUACACGGCGUUACAUGACCAUUUUUGCUGAUGCAGUCCAUGAGCUGCUACCAGAUUACAAGGAAAAGGAGGUUGUGAAUAAAGAUGCCCUGGAUAUAUACAUUGAGCAUAGACUUAUGAUGGAACAGCGAACAAGAGAUCCGAAUGAGACACGGGACUUCCACAACCAGUAUCCAUCAGAGCUGAUGAGAAGAUUUGAAGUAUAUUUUAAAACUCCUAGUAGCGUAAAGCCGAAAGUGAUACGGGAUGUGAAGGCAGAUGCCAUUGGCAAGCUGGUGAAUGUUCGUGGGAUUGUUACAAGAGUUACAGAGGUCAAGCCCAUGAUGGUUGUAGCUACGUACACUUGUGACCAGUGUGGAGCAGAGACAUACCAACCGAUUCAAUCUCCUACUUUCACACCUCUGAUCAUGUGCCCAAGCAGAGAGUGUCAAACCAACAAGUCUGGUGGCAGGCUGUACUUGCAAACAAGAGGUUCAAAAUUUAUCAAAUUUCAGGAGCUUAAGAUUCAGGAACAUAGUGACCAGGUCCCUGUGGGUAAUAUCCCUCGUAGCAUGACGGUGUUUGUGCGAGGAGAGAAUACACGACUUGCUCAGCCUGGAGACCAUGUCAGUGUGACUGGCAUCUUUCUCCCCUUACUAAAGACUGGCUUCAGACAAGUUGUUCAGGGCUUGCUGUCAGAAACUUACUUGGAUGCUCACAGAAUUGUUAAAAUGAAUAAAACUGAAGACGAUGAGCUUGGAACAGAAGAAAUGACUGAGGAUGAGCUAAGAGUAAUUGCGGAGGAAGACUUUUAUGAAAAACUGGCAGCUUCUAUAGCCCCUGAGAUCUACGGUCAUGAGGAUAUAAAGAAGGCUCUUCUGCUUCUGUUGGUUGGUGGAGUAGACCAUUCGCCAAAAGGGAUGAAGAUAAGAGGUAACAUCAAUAUCUGUCUAAUGGGUGAUCCUGGUGUUGCAAAAUCCCAGCUGCUGUCCUAUAUAGACAGGCUGGCUCCACGUAGUCAGUAUACAACAGGCCGUGGCUCUUCAGGUGUGGGUCUUACUGCAGCUGUGAUGAAGGAUCCAGUUACAGGAGAGAUGACUCUUGAGGGAGGUGCACUGGUCCUGGCAGACCAAGGAAUUUGUUGCAUUGAUGAGUUUGACAAAAUGAUGGAUGCAGAUAGAACUGCCAUUCAUGAAGUUAUGGAACAGCAAACCAUUUCAAUAGCAAAGGCUGGCAUUAUGACAACACUGAAUGCUAGAUGUUCGAUCUUGGCUGCUGCCAAUCCUGCAUAUGGGCGCUACAACCCUAAGAAGACAGUUGAGCAGAACAUACAGCUACCUGCAGCACUCUUGUCUAGAUUUGACCUACUGUGGUUGAUCCAGGAUAAGCCUGACCGUGACAAUGAUCUUAGGCUUGCUCAACAUAUUACGUAUGUCCACCAACACAAUAAGCAGCCUCCUACUCAGUUUGAGCCAUUGGACAUGAAAUUAAUGAGGAGAUACAUAAGUUUAUGCCAAAAGAAACAGCCUGCAAUCCCAGAGUCUCUGGCUGAUUAUAUUACAGCUGCAUACGUAGAGAUGAGGAAAGAAGCAAGGACCAAUAAGGACACAACAUUCACAUCAGCAAGAACACUUCUGUCUGUCCUUCGGCUGUCCACAGCUCUGGCCCGAUUGCGUUUGGUGGAUAUAGUCGAGAAGGAGGAUGUGAACGAAGCAAUGAGAUUAAUGGAGAUGUCUAAAGAUUCUCUUCUUGGUGACAAGGGGCAGACUGCUAGAACCCAGCGUCCAUCAGAUGUAAUCUUUGCCACGAUUAGAGAAAUGGUUCCUGAUAAAGGAGUUCGCAGUGUCAAAUACUCCGAGGCAGAGCAACGCUGUAUAUCAAAGGGAUUCACACCAGCACAGUUUGAAGAGGCUUUGGAAGAAUAUGAGGAGCUUAAUGUAUGGCUGCUAAACCAAGCACGAACCAGGAUUACAUUUAUUUAAACUGUUUUACACCUUUGGCAUGCUGUUUUUGACUUGUCAUUUCUGUAAGGUCUAUGUUGUCAUUCCAGGCAUUUGCUUUGAUGUAUAUGGAAGGAUUUUUGACUGGUUUGGCAGCAGUUUUUCUGAUGCAGCCUGAAGAGUGACUUCAAGUAAAUCAGGUUUUGUGCAAAUGGCCUUUAAAGUACAAGCUGUCAGGUGUCAACAUCGAGACUUUCAUAUCCUAUAGUUAACAAGUGGAGUAGUCCAAGUAUUUAAGUUUGAUCUGAUCUCAGAAAGCCAAGAUCAUAGUGCAUUUUGUCCAUAUUUCCUGCUUUUGCUAGACUUCAUUUGGAACUCUCCUAACACUUCUAACUUCUGCCCUGUACUCUUUGGCCAGUUUGCCUGUUGACUUGAUGUCAGUAUCUGAGAAGAGGCCUGUGAUUCAUCUUGGCUUAUGGAGUUAGUGAUCUGGUUUUCCUAUCUUUGCUACUUCAGUUGAUGCUGUCAACUAUAACACUUAGGGAUUUUGCACUUUGUAUUCGCAGAGAAUAAAGCAUUUUUUUAUAUA